AUGCUCUCCUCUACCAUAGAGGGGACACCACUUACUCUCCACUUCCCAUCCCAUCCCAUGCUCUCCUCUACCAUAGAGGGGACACCACUUACUCUCCACUUCCCAUCCCAUCCCAUGCUCUCCUCUACCAUAGAGGGGACACCACUUACUCUCCACUUCCCUCCCGAGCUUACCAUUGUUCAUGUCGACCCAAAAGGCCUUUCUAAGUCAAUUCAUUGCUCAUAUGAUACGAGAAAUCGAAGGCUAAGCACGUCAGCGCUGACGAUACAAGAACUCAAAAGGCCCUCUCGGCCAGCAUCGGCAUGCCAUCCCAUUCAACACGCACACGGUACUCCUGUCCCUUCACUGACUGACACUCCCUCUCCCCCCUCCCAUCACUCCCUCUUUACCAUCACCCACCACUCCUCUUCUUUCCCACCUCUUCCGUUCCCACCUCCCCUCUUCUCUUCCAGCCACCUUGAAGGCAACCAGCUGUCGGGAGAGCUGCCCUCCUUCCUUUACAUGUUCUUUAUCGCGACGGCAGAAAACAACUACUUCACAGCCGCAGCAGAAGAUUACCCUUUCAACGAGACCGACGACUCAGUCCCAGACAUCUAUCAAGACUACCACAGCGUGUGCCUGUUUCACCACAACUGCCUUGAAGACAUUUCCUAUUGGUGCAGCCCUGGGCCCAAGCAGAGCAGAGCCGGGCGGAACCAGAGGUGUGCCAGCGAGUGCCGGGCGUUCUGUGGGGCGCAGCCGCUCACCCCGCCGUGCAGCGGCCAUGGCGUGUGCUCCUUCGAGCCGGACCCCAAUCACAACAUGACUGCCUGUGAUGAUGAUGAGGAUAAGCUGCCGCCACACUACUGUGAACCCGAGGGCCACUGCGACUGUGAUGAGGGGUACACGCCAGGGCCUGCUGCUGGCACGUGCGUCCCUCACGCCUCCCUCCUGACCACAGGUGGAGCUGAGGGAGCUGGAGGCGCGGCUGCUGCAGCUGCAGGCGUUCCAGCACUGGGUGGCAUCUUGACGCCUUUCCUCACACCCUCGCUUCCACCGGCCACUGCAGCCGUGGGGAUGGCUUUCUUCCUCACAUGCUGCUCCGCCCGCAUACUUCCCCGCACUUGCUUCUCUGCCUUCAUUAAACAUGACCGUGCCCCCGCCUUCUCGUCCUUCUCCUCUGCUUCCGCUGCCGCUGUUACACACGCUCUUGCCCCCACUUGCUCGUCCUUCUCCUCUGCUUCCGCUGCUGCUGGUACACACGCCCAUGCCCCCACCUGCUCGUCCUUCUCUGCUUCCGCUGCUGCUGGUACACACGCCCAUGCCCCCACCUUCUCGCCCUUCUCCUCUGCUUCCGCUGCUGCUGGUACACACGCCCAUGCCUCCCCCUUCUCGUUCUUUCCUUUCGUUUCUGGUCUCUGGCUUCGCUGGAUCCUUCUCCUGUCUGCCGUGGCCUGCUGGGGCCCCUCGGACUCGGACUCCUUCUCCGCUCCUCCUCGUGAGCCUCUCUUCGCCCGCCUGCUCCCCCCCAUCGCCUUUCCCUACUCUCAGGCGAAUAAUCCUGGAAUCGCCCUUCUCGCUUCCUCCUUUCCCGCUGCUGCCGGUCCUCUCUCUCACGAAACUCUCUCCGUUCUUCCUGCCUGCUCCUCAGCCCUUCUCUCCUUCCAGGGAAAUAUUCUUCCCAUCUUUCCUCCUUUUGUCUCGAUCCAUGGCGUGCCCGCCUAUCACUCUCUUCCUCUUCCCCGCUCUCUGUGUCAUACUCGUGCAUUCCCUCCCGUCGCAUGUGCUGCUUGUCACCUCUCUUCCUCUCUCCUGAUCACUCCUUCGCCUCUUCUCCCUCCCCUCCUUCCUCUCAAAGGACUCUCCUUCACAGCGUCUCCUUCGUCUGCCUGCUCCUCGGUGCCCAUGAUCCUCUCUUCCUCUUCCUUUGUCACUUCCCGGGUCCUUCCCUGGGGACACCUCUCGCCGGCAGUGCUCUUCCUCACCCCUUCUCCUGUUUAUCUCUCUCUCCUGCCUCCUCCUUGCCUCUCCGACAGGUUCCUGCACCAACCCCGCUCCCGCGCAUGGGUAAUCUUCUAUUCCUUCCCGGCGCGCUCUCGCAUCCGCACCCGUGAUGUACUGCGACGAACACUCACUGCCGUUAACAUGAGCUUCCCUCUCCUCCGUCCGCUGUCGUGCAGGCGAGCACUGCACGCGCCUCCUCUCGCGGGCGUCCUCAUUUCCUUCUCCCCCCUACUCUGGCGAGCCAUACACUCCCGCCUGCACGUCUCGCCUCCUCUCUUCGUCAUGGCUGGCUCCUGGCGCGCGCUCAGUCUCCUUGCCUUCACCGCGCCCCGCGUUACUUCCGCGCAGCCUGCCUGGCGAGCGGUCUGCAUCCGCGCUCCCGCGGCGCCUUGCGCCAUUCUCAGGCAUUUCGCCUACCGAACUAUCUGCAUCCGCGCUCCCGCGGCGCCUCGCACCACUCCCGCGCAUUUCGCCAGCAGAACGAUCUGCAUCCAUGCUCCCGCGGCGCCUCGCACUUCCCUCGCGCAUCUCCACUGGCGCGCGAUCUGCCGCCAUGUCCUCGUGGCGCCGCGCGCCACCCUUGCGCAUCUUGUUCGCCGAACGAUCUGCUUCCAUUACACAUCCGCGUUCUUCGUGUCCAUCUCCGCCAUCGCUUCGCAGAUCGUCCUCUUUCGCAUCCGCCCGUUCUUCUCCGCGGCGCCUCGCGCCAUUCCCACCCAUUUCGUUUUCGUCCGUCGCACCAGCUGCAUCCGCGUUGCCAUGGCGCCUUUCGCCACUCCCAUCUGUUUCGUCCGUCGCACCAGCUGCAUCCGCGUUGCCAUGACGCCUUUCGCCACUCCCAUCUGUUUCGUCCGUCACACCAGCUGCAUCAGCGCUGCCAUGCCGCCUUUCGUCACUCCCAUCCGUUUUGUCCGUCGCGCCAGUUGCAUCCGCGCUCUCGCGGCGCCUCGCGCUUCCCUUGCGCCUGUCGUCCGGCGAGCAAUCUGCCGCCGUGUCCUCGCGACGCCUCACGCCGCUUCCGCGUAUCCCUCCCAGCGAGCCACUUGCCCCUGCGUCCUUACACCUUUCGUCGCGUUCUUCUCCCGCGACUCCUUCAUUCCUUCCGUCCCGCGCAAUUGGGACAUCUUCCGUGCUCUCCUCGCCGUCAACCUCGUUUGCCGACUCCUGCGAGUCCAGUUCGUCGGCAUCCUUAUGAUACCCUCCACCCGCGCCCCGCUUGCCUCUUGCUAG